AUGGCCUCGGUGCCUCUACUCCUACCCACCCAUCCACCGCCAUCUAACGACAUGCCUAUGACCAAUGGUCACGCCGAUGGGGUCGACUCGAGUCUACCGAGACCGUCACCUCAGCCCACACGCGACGAGAGCGAGCUACCUGACGCGGACGAUAUUCCUACCCACACCAUAUCAUCACAUGCCGCUCCACAAGACGAAGCACAUUCGGAUGACGAUGCCAUACAUGACAUGGCAACAUCGUCACUUGAUGAGGAUGAAGACGCGCCCGGCGAGGACGACGCAGACUUUGACGAGACCACGCCUCCUCCCGGUCAGACCGAUGCAAUGGACCACGACAGAUCAUCGUCCGAGUCUAGUUCGAGGCCCGGGAAGCGGAAAGUCGAUGUCGACGACGAGGAGUAUAUGAAGCAGAACCCAGAGCUCUAUGGCCUGCGGAGAAGUGGCCGAGCACGACCUACACGUCGAGUGGUCGAUAGUUCCGAUGAAGAUGACGAUGAUGAGGACGAUGUUAACAACGGCAGAAGGCGGAAACGCCAAAGGGUCGCCGGCAGCAGAGCACCUUCCGUUCCUCAAGUUCGAGAGUCCUCCCGAGUCGCUUCCUCAGCUGGUUCCGGGUCAGAAGAUGACACCUACGGCGGUGAACGCGGCCGUACGUUCGCGAAGAAGCACAGACAAAAGAUGCAAGCUGUCGCCUCCGGCAGUGGCACACCGCAGUUGAGCGAAGUGCGCUUCUCGUCAAGACGAGCUGCAAAGGUGACGAACUACAAUGAGGCCGAAGACGAUCUCGGCCUCAGCGAGGAGGACACCGAAGCCACACCCAAUCACUACUAUGUCGAGGACAACACGCCGGCUAUUGACGUUGUGCUGAACCACCGGCUGAAGGAGGAUGCGGUCGAAUCGAGCAAUCCUGAAAAGCACGACUACGAGUUCUAUAUCAAAUGGCAAGGCCAAGCACACUAUCACGCAACAUGGCACCCAUGGGCAGAGCUUUCCUCAUAUAAAGGCUUUCGACGACUGGAGAACUACUUUCGCAAGGUCGUCAAGGCCGAAUUCAGCUUGACUCACGAUCCGGAUGCCGCAAUAGAGGACCGAGAACGAUGGAACCUCGAUCGCGAAGCCUACCUCGACUCUCUCAACGAUUACAAGCAGAUUGAGCGUGUCAUCGGAGCAAGAGACGGCGAAGAAGGCACCGAAUAUUUCGUCAAGUGGAAGGGCUUGUUCUACGACUCAUGUACGUGGGAGACGGAGACACUCGUUAGCCACGAGGCGCAGACCGAGAUCGAUCGCUACCUUGACCGAUCUGCGAAGCUGCCCUUCUCUGAUCGUAACGAGUCCAACCCGAAUACUCGUGCUGCCUACAAGCCUUUCAGGUCACAGCCGAGCUACAUCAAAGGUGGUGAGCUCAGGGAGUUCCAGAUCCAUGGUCUGAACUUCUUGGCCCAUCAUUGGUGCAAAGGCAACAAUGUCAUCCUGGCAGACGAGAUGGGUCUCGGCAAGACGGUGCAGACUUGUGCCUUUAUCAACUGGCUGAGGCAUGAUCGGCGACAGCAAGGGCCAUUCAUCGUGGUCGUUCCGCUGUCCACCAUGCCCGCAUGGGCCGACACCUUCAACAACUGGACACCAGAUGUCAACUAUGUUGUCUACAACGGCAACGAGGCUGCUCGUAAGAUCAUACGCGAGUAUGAGCUGCUGGUCGACGGCAACACGAAGAAGGUCAAGUUCAACGUCCUGCUCACAACGUACGAGUACAUUCUGGCCGACGCCACCUUCCUGUCACAAUUGAAGUGGCAAUUCAUGGCCGUGGACGAAGCCCAUCGAUUGAAGAACCGCGAAUCACAACUUUACGCAAAGCUUCUGGACUUCAAUGCUCCCAGCAGACUCCUCAUCACUGGCACGCCCAUGCAGAAUACGCUUGGUGAGCUCUCCGCAUUGAUGGACUUUCUCAUGCCUGGCAAGAUCCACGUCGAAGAGAACAUCGACUUGACCUCGGAACACGCCAGCAGAAAACUUGCCGAGCUCACUGAUGCCAUCUCGCCGUACAUGAUUCGACGCACCAAGCAAAAGGUCGAGAACGAUCUGCCUCCCAAGACGGAGAAGAUCAUUCGUGUCGAGCUGUCCGAUGUGCAGCUUGAGUACUACAAGAACAUCCUCACACGCAACUACACAGCCCUCAAUGCUGGUGCGAAAGCUGGAAAGACUUCCCUCCUCAACAUCAUGAUGGAACUCAAGAAGGCCAGCAAUCAUCCUUUCAUGUUCCCAAAUGCUGAAGAGCGCCUACUGGCUGGCAGCGAGAGUCGAGACGAUUUGCUCAAAGCAAUGAUCACUUCAAGUGGCAAGCUGAUGCUUCUUGACCAGCUGCUCACGAAAAUGAAGAAGGACGGUCACCGAGUCUUGAUCUUCAGUCAGAUGGUGAAGAUGUUGGACAUCCUCGGCGACUAUCUCACCCUUCGUGGCCACCAAUUUCAACGACUGGACGGCACCAUCGCCGCCGGACCGAGGCGUAUGGCCAUCGAUCAUUUCAACGCACCUGACAGCCAGGACUUUACCUUCCUGCUAUCGACUCGUGCUGGUGGUUUGGGCAUCAACCUCAUGACUGCUGACACUGUCAUCCUGUUUGACUCUGAUUGGAAUCCGCAAGCCGAUUUGCAAGCCAUGGCUCGCGCUCAUCGAAUCGGUCAGAAGAAGCCUGUUACCAUCUACCGCUUUGUGUCCAAGGACACCGUCGAGGAAGAAGUUCUUGAGCGCGCUCGCAACAAGCUCAUGUUGGAGUUCAUCACCAUUCAACGAGGUGUGACCGACAAGGAUGCUCGCGACCUUGGCGAACGCAUGAAUCGUGUUGGUGCUAGCACUGCGGAGCCGACAUCGUCAGACGACAUCUCUCAAAUUCUCAAGAAGCGUGGUGAGAAGAUGUUCGAACAGUCUGGAAACCAACGCAAGUUGGAGGAGCUUGACAUCGACGCUGUUCUCGAGAACGCCGAGGAGCACAAGACCGAGCAGCCAGAAGGCAUGACUACUGACGGUGGCGAAGAGUUCUUGCGCAGCUUUGAGUAUACGGAUGUCAAGAUCGACCUUGAGUGGGACGACAUCAUCCCCAAGCACGAGCUCGACAAGAUCAAAGAAGAGGAGCGCAAGAAGGAAGAAGAGCAGUAUCUCGAAAGCGUCAUCGAAGCCAACCAGCCUAGAAAGCGAAAGGCCGCCGGAGAUGACGGUCGAGAACAACGAGCAGCGAAGAAGCGUGCUCGUGACAUGAUGCCGCAACCUGAGGAGGGUGAUGAUGAUGCCGAAGACUCUGAUCCCGGUGCUGACCCUAAGCGGCCACUAGGUGAGAAGGAAUGCCGCCACCUCAUCAGAGCCUAUGAGCGAUUCGGUGCCAUGGCUGAAAGGCAAGAUGAGAUCAUCAAAGAGGCUAGACUGCUCGGGCGAGAUGUCGAUACCGUGAAGAACACCCUCCAAGACAUCAUCGACACCGCGAUCCGCAUGCAGAAAGAGCAUGCUGACCACUUGUUGGAGGUCGAGCGAUCCACGAACAAGGCCGUGACGAAGAAGGAGAAGAAGGCAGUACUGUUCGACUUCCGCGGCGUCAAGCGCCUGAAUGCCCAAACCCUUACCGAGCGCCCGGAAGAAAUGCGCAUGCUACGCGACUGCAUUGCUCAGGUGCCCGACUGGAGAAUGUUCAGAGUCACUGAGGCGUCCAAGCCUGCGUCGUAUACUUGCGAGUGGGGUGCUAAAGAAGACGGGAUGCUCUGUGUUGGCAUCGCGAAGCACGGCUAUGGUGCAUGGGUGCCUAUUCGUGACGAUCCCGAGCUCGGUCUUACUGACAAGUUCUACCUCGAAGAGCACCGCGUCGGUGCCAAGGAGGAGCGAACGAAGGGCGGCGAAGAAAGCAAAGUGGCCAAGUCUCCAGGAGCCGUCCAUCUGGUCCGUCGAGCGAACUACCUUAUCAGCGUACUCAAAGACAAGACCAGCAACGGCACUAACCUGCAGGCCAAGAAGGCGCUCGAGAACCAUCAUCGAAACAACAGGAAGCAUCUCGGUCAGUAUCACGGACGUAUUUCUACUCCAGGACAAUCUGGAAGUCCUGCACCGGACAGACGCCAUAAGAUGCAUCAGUCCGACAUCCGCAACAGUAUGGAUCGUCGUGGCGGACAAGGUUCUCCGAAUGGCCAUGCUGGUCAUCGCAAGUCGGACAGCAGACACCGAAUGUCCGAGGAACGCAGACCGGGCCAUCACCGUAACGGUAGCUCACCGAUGGUGACGAACGGCGCCUCUCACAGGCAGCUGUCUGAGUCCGAGCAGCGUAUCCGCAAGAUCUUGGACCCAAUCAGCAGCGCUCUCGCGAAGGUUAACGGAGCGACGAAGAAGAAGAUUCCUGAUGACGAUGAGCGGCUGAAGAUGAUCAAAGCGGGCCUACUGACCAUCGGCAACCAUAUCAAUGGACAAGUGCGCAGCAACGGCCAAGCAUCUAUGGAAGACAAGAUGUGGGACUAUGUGUCUGAACACUACUGGCCUCAGUCCAAGUCGAGUGACAAGCGGGUGUCAGGUCGCAAGCUCCGAGACAUGUACAAGAAGAUUUCUGGCAAAGACAGCGCUGCGGCUGCGUCGAAGACUACCCCGGUCAAGCCCAACCCAGCUCCGCCUGCCGCGGCAUCAUCUUCGACCAACGGUAGCGCCACGAUCACGAAGUCCGAGGCUGCGCUGGACGAACCAGCUAAGCCGGCAACAGUAACAGAGCCUAAGGAGGUCAAGGCAGAGAAUGUUGCCCCGCCAGAAGUCAAGGCUCAGUCGCCAGAAGCUACGACUGGCAUAAAGCCGGAGAUGAAUGCCGCAGCAGAGGCUCCAGCGAAUGAUGCGCCGUAG